CGUGGCGGCCCGCUUUGCCAGUGACCCUGAUGGCGGCCCCGGCGGCGCUGGGGGAGGCCAGGAGGGCGAGCGGCUUCCCCGCUGAGGCGGCCCGGUGCGGCUGAUGGUGAUGUGGUAAAUAUAACCAAGCUCAUCUCUACCUAGGAGACAUUCUUCCCUGAAAAGCAAUCCGCUCUUACUGGACAUGCUUACAGAAUUGCGUAGCCAUGGACCUCAAAGAGAAGUGUCAGGAUGAGAUGACCUCAGGUUUGGGCCUUACCACAAAGAAAGCCCUUAUGAUCUUGAGAGACCAGUUGACAACACUGCUGGAGGGACAUCAGAAGGAACGGAAAAAAGUGACUUCAUGGAAGGAGGCAUGGAGAAGCAGUUUUUUGUACCAUGGUAACCGUUGCUCCUGUUUCCACUGGCCUGGUGCAUCUCUGAUGCUUCUGGCAGUGGUGUUGCUGCUCUGUUGCUCUGGGAGCCAGCCACAGGGAAACCAAGGCGCAGAAAUAGUUAAUGCAUUGGCACUCUUCCUCCUUCUCCUCUUGGAUCUCUUCAUGAUUGGACGUCAGGAGAGGCUGAAGUGUAAAGAGGUGGAGAGAAGACUUCAGAUGAUCAUUGAUAAGAUAAAUGAUACACUUAGCAAAGAGGUGAAAUGGCCAGACUCCAUGUACCCUGAUCUCCAUAUGCCUUAUGCCCCGUCCUGGUCCCUUCAUUGGGCAUACAGGGAUGGUCAACUUGUGAACCUGCCUGUAAGCCUGUUAGUAGAAGGAGAUGUCAUUGCUUUGAGGCCAGGACAGGAAUCGUUUGCUUCUCUGAGAGGAAUUAAGGAUGAUGAGCACAUAGUUCUGGAGCCAGGAGAUCUAUUUCCACCUUUCUCACCUCCACCCUCCCCAAGAGGAGAAGUGAAAAAGGGACCUCAGAACCCUCAACUGUAUCGUCUGUUCCGUGUCUUGAAGACUCCAAUAAUUGAUAAUGUCAGGUGGUGUCUGGAAAUGGCGUUGUCACGUCCUGUGACAGCCCUGGAUAAUGAGAGAUUCACUGUACAGUCUGUGAUGUUGAAAUAUGCUGUCCCUAUUGUAUUGGCUGGCUUCCUAAUCACCAAUGCUGUGCGCUUCAUUUUCAAAGCUCCUGGAAUUGCUUCUUGGCAGCAUACUCUUCUUCAGCUACAGGUGAAUGGAGUCCUGCCCAUCCUUCCAUUGCUUUUUCCUGUCCUGUGGAUUCUUGCUACAGCCUUUGGAGAAGCCAGAGUCUUGGCCCAAAUGAGUAAGGCCUCAUCCACCUCGCUGCUUGCUAAGUUUUCAGAGGACACUCUCAGCAGCUACACAGAGAUGGUAUCUUCUCAGGAAAUGAUACGCUGUAUCUGGAGCCACUUCUUAAGUGUUUUAAAAGGCAAAUCUCCAACACUGAGCUUCACCUCCAGCUUGCUCCAUAGCCUGGGAUCUGUCACUGUGCUCUGCUGUGUAGACAAGCAGGGGAUUCUCUCCUGGCCAAAUCCUAGCCCAGAGACUGUUCUGUUCUUCAGUGGGAAGGUGGAACCACGUCAUGAUAGCCAUGAAGAUCUGACUGAUGAGCUCUCUACACGGUCCUUCUGCCACCCUGAGAUGGACGAUGAGCCCCAUGAAAGAGAUGCUUUGCUCUCUGGCCCUUUGGCAGACACAGUCCAUGUGACUAAUGAGCAAGAGAGGAACAACUGGUCUAGCGACCCUCCAAAGGCUCCUGAUGCCCAUGCCCACCGAAAGCCAAACAGCAGAAGCAAGCAUCCCUCUGGGUCCAAUGUGAGUUUUAGCAAGGACACAGAGGGUGGAGAAGAAGAACAUAGUCAGGUUGCUGGUGACACUGAGGUGCUGGCUUGUGAGGCUGAAGAUUUUGUGUGUGACUACCACCUUGAGAUGCUUAGCCUGUCCCAAGACCAACAGAACCCCUCUUGCAUCCAGUUUGAUGACUCCAACUGGCAAAUACACCUGAAUUCCCUCAAGCCUCUGGGUCUGAAUGUGCUGCUCAAUCUUUGCAAUGCCACUGUGACAGAACGCCUGUGCCGCUUCUCCGACCAUCUCUGCAACAUAGCUCUCCAGGAAACUCACAAUGCUGUGCUGCCUGUCCACGUGCCUUGGGGCCUCUGUGAGCUUGCCAGGCUAAUAGGUUUCACACCAGGUGCCAAAGAUCUUUUCAAGCAGGAGAAUUAUUUGGCCUUGUACCGCUUGCCAAGCGAUGAGAUGGUUAAGGAGACAAUGCUGGGGAAGCUUUCAUCAAUCACCAAGAGAAGACCACCCUUGACUCACAUGAUUAACCUGUUUGUGAAGGACACCACAACCAGUACUGAGCAGAUGUUUUCACAUGGGACAGCCGACAUCAUCCUUGAAGCCUGCACAGACUUCUGGGAUGGUACUGAUAUUUACCCCCUCUCUGGCUCUGACAGGAAGAAGGUGUUAGAUUUCUACCAGCGAGCCUGCCUCUCAGGGUACUGUUCAGCUUUUGCAUACAAGCCAAUGCAUUGUGCCUUGUCCUCCCAGCUCAAUGGCAAGUGCAUAGAACUGGUGCAGGUCCCUGGACAGAGUGCUAUCUUCACAUGCUGUGAUCUGCCUGGGACAACCCCCAUCAAACAGAGUAGUCGGAGGAAUAGCUGGAGCUCAGAUGAAGGGAUUGGGGAAGUGAUGGAGAAGGAGGACUGCAUCCAGGCUCUGAGUGGACAGAUCUUCAUGGGAAUGGUCUCAUCUCAGUAUCAGGCCCGUCUUGACAUUGUCCGCCUUAUUGAUGGAUUGGUCAAUGCCUGCAUUCGUUUUGUCUACUUCUCCUUGGAAGAUGAGCUCAAAAGCAAGGUGUUUGCUGAGAAGAUGGGUCUUGAAACUGGCUGGAAUUGUCACAUAUCUUUAACACCCAAUGGAGAUGUGCCUGGAUCUGAGAUCCCUCCUUCCAGUCCCAGCCAUGCUGGCUCUCUGCAUGAUGACCUACAUCAGGUUUCUCGAGAUGAUGUGGAGGGGCUCUUGCUAAUGGAAGAGGAAGGGCAUUCAGAUCUCAUCAGCUUUCAGCCAACAGACAGCGACAUCCCAAGCUUCUUGGAAGACUGUAACAGGGCCAAACUUCCACGGGGGAUCCACCAGGUCAGACCUCACCUGCAAAACAUUGACAAUGUGCCUUUGCUGGUGCCCCUCUUCACAGACUGCACCCCAGAGACCAUGUGUGAGAUGAUUAAGAUCAUGCAGGAGUACGGGGAGGUGACUUGCUGUCUGGGAAGCUCUGCCAACCUGCGGAAUAGCUGCCUCUUCCUGCAAAGUGAUAUCAGUAUAGCACUGGACCCUCUCUACCCAUCCCGCUGCUCCUGGGAGACCUUUGGCUAUGCCACCAGCACCACCAUGACUCAUGCCUCUGAUGAGCUCACCCCACUGCAGCUCUCAGGACAGCUCAAUAGCCUGCCUUGUUCCAUGUCCUUCCGCCAAGAAGAGAGUACCAGCAUUAUAAGACUUAUAGAGCAGGCCCGGCAUGCAACUUAUGGGAUCCGCAAGUGUUUCCUCUUCCUGCUGCAGUGCCAGUUGACGUUGGUCGUCAUUCAGUUCCUGUCCUGCCUGGUACAGCUGCCUCCCAUCCUAAGUACCACAGAUAUUGUGUGGCUCUCUUGUUUCUGCUACCCACUGCUCAGCAUUUCACUCCUGGGCAAGCCUCCCCACAGCUCCAUCAUGACCAUGGCAACAGGAAAAAACUUGACUUCUAUUCCUAAGAAGACUCAGCACUACUUCCUGUUCUGCUUCUUGCUGAAAUUCAGCGUGACCAUCUGUUCCUGCCUCAUCUGCUUCGGUUUCACACUGCAUGAGUCCUGCAAAGAGGUUAAUACUACCAGCCUCAAUCUUACAGCUUGCCCCUCCAUUAUGCUGCACAGCAAUGUUCAUGGUGCUCCUGACUGGUUUGGGACAUUUUCCAAUGUUCUUCUUGUAGCCCAGAAGCUCACAGCUGGCCUGAUUGUUUUACACACAGUUUUCAUAUCCAUCACUCAUGUCCAUCGGACUAAGCCCUUGUGGAAGAAAAGCCCCCUCUCCAACUGGUGGUGGACGCUCACUGUGGCUAUUGUAUUAAUGGGGCAAGUAGCACAGACCCUGCUGGACCUGAAGCUCUGGGAAAACCUCAGUUCUCCACUGACUUUUAAGUACAUUUCCAUCUCUCCAGUCUCGUGGCUCCUGGGUUUUCUUUCCUUGAUCCUGGUGGUUAUCAUCAAUGAGAUUGUCAAGCUGCAUGAAAUAAGGGUCCGGGUCCGUUACCAAAAGAGGCAGAAGUUGCAGUUUGAAACAAAGCUGGGGAUGAAUUCUCCAUUUUAAACGCUUUCAACUUGAAUUCCCUGGGGGCAGGGUCACACAGCAGCAUCCUGCAAGGGGAGAGCAGCUGCUCACAGGCUCAGGAAGUUUCCUUUCACACAUACAAACCAGACGGCCUCUGCAAAACUGCAUCAGCACCUUCAGGGGAGGCUCAGGCAGGACUCUUCUAGUAGGACCCCCCAGUAGGUAUGCAGUCCUUUUCUGGCCUGCCACGUUGCUCUCAAGGGAGCCUGCAAGCUCUGAUGGCUGUUCAGGCUGCUUUUAUUUAUUUAUUAGUAGAGGUUUUUGUUAGUAUAAUUGUGAUGCUGAAAUCAACUGACUCCUUCCUUCUGGGUGAGAAAAUGUUUGUUUGUUUUUUACCUGGUUGGAUAAUCUAGGGCCAGAAGGGGAGCUACAGGGCUGCUAAAGCAAAAGAUUUCUAUUGAAACCCAUUUUUUUAUUUUUUUUUUUUUUUCCUCUUCCUGCUUUCCUGGAUGAUGCAUGUGUGCAUGCCUGCGCGUGCCCUCAGCUGCCUUCCUCAGCUAUCUCUCCUGCUGCUCUUGAGAGUAUUGUGGGAAUGUGACCUCCAGCCCUCAGCUGGCACAAAGGGAUACUGGGAAGGAGCUCUGGUGCCAUGCUAGGAAAGUCUGUCUGUCAUGGCCAGGACUGCUCUUUAGUGUUGUAGCUGCGUGCCAACUGUUAGUGCUUCAGGAGAUGAAUGGAAAGGCCUUUAAGAGAAGCUGUCUGAGUUUAACCCUACUUCUGUGGAGCACAGGGAGUUAGGAGGACAGCUCUGCCUGCUUGCACAGCCCAGCUUCCUCCAGCCUAUUUGAACCAGCUCUUGUCUGCUUUAAUUGCCCUCAAACAGGUAGGUUUACAACUGUCCUCAUUUUUGUGAUUUUAAUUGCUGUUCAGCGAAAUGGCUGCUUGAGAGAGCAACAGCAAUAUUUGUAUCUAGAGAUAAAACCUGAGACCUCCCUACCCCUUGCAUGGAGCAAGGGAGGUGUAUUUCCAUCUAUAUCUAGCAGUUGUGACUCCUUUCCCAGCCUGGAACUGUGCUGCACCCAUGGAAUAGGGGUUCCCUUCUCCCAGUCAUGUCUUUCUGUGGUAGUGCUUGGAAGUCUCUCCCCCCGUGCUUCUCCCCACACAGCUAUACCCAUUUUUCUGGAGGCAUCUUUCUUUAGCUGGGGGAAACAUUCCACUGAUGGCUACUGCAAACCAUGAUGUGCCCCUAGUGCUGCACAUAUACUCCUGAGCUCUGAACAGACCCCAGCUGCAGGGGAGUAGUGGUGCUGUUGUGGGCUUAUAGUUGGGGGCUAUGCAGGAGCACAUAGGCUUGCCAACCUAUUUACAGCUCAUGGAGACAUUGACUGUCUUUCUAGUUCUAAAAACAGGUUAAACAUGACAAAUCCUGGCAGUGUUUUUGCUUCCACUAUUAACACUACAGUACACAGCUGCUGUUUCCCUUUGGUGUCCUAUGCUAACACAAGGCUGCUGGUCUUCCCUGGCAGGCAGGGCGCUAGCUGGGAUACCCAGCCCUACCUGCUGCUCCACCUUGUCUUCCUUACAUUUCAACAAAAACAGGGAGAAUGCUUGUCAUUAAGCAAUACCCUUAUUGCUGUGGGUCUAGCAGGGGAGCUGGAGUACAGCCAGUCUUUUGAGCUCUGAGGACAGAGUGAGGCUGCUGGAGGCACAGUACAGGUGUCAGGGGGCCUGGAGCCUGUUCUGCAGCUGCAGAGGGGCUGCUCAGGCUCAGUGUUGCUGUUAGAGUUGAAUGGAAUAGGGAGCCAGUAGCUCAGUGGGGAAAGGCAAAGCUGCUCACCUGCAGUGCAGCAAUACUAGGUCAGCCUUUGCCAGGUGAGCUGACCUGAGCUGAGCUCUUCCUUCACUCCUUUUGAAUCUGCAGGGCUGCCUGGCUCAGAGAGAAUGAGCUGCUGCUUUCAGUCUCACUUAGGUUACUGAAAGCGAGCUCCAGAUCACUGGCAACUGAGAAAUCAGCUUCUCUUUCUGAUGCUAGGGCUGGCUGACAAGUCGGGCAUUAUCUUCUCCGUAGCCAAGUUGGGCUGCAGGUGGAGGCAGCACGGAGCUGCUCAAUGCUAUGCCUGCAGAGCAGCCUGCCACCCAGACCUUAGCUCUUGCUCUGUGCUGCUGAACCUGUGGGCAACAAAAGGCAGCAGCUAGGACUUCCUGCUAGCUGCACCUUCUGCAAGAGGUGGUGCCUCCAGGGUUUCUUUCUGUGGGUGAUCACAAAAGUUAUUGUUCUGCAUCCUCCUUCCUCUGUUAGACUUGGGCAGAGCCAUGGCCUAUUAAACGGGCCUUUGGGAUGCUCUGACAUUGCCACCCGUCCUCUGCCAUUGAGGCAUCUGAGGACUGGAGUGAAUGGCUUUAGGAGGAAGUUUCCUACAUCAAGAUGUUUUUAAAUGGUGUAUAUUUUAUAUUAAAUUUUUGGGGGAUGAAUGUAAAAAUAUUUGAUUUGUAUUAAAAAAACAAAGAAACCCUAACACACGUGCAUCCAGUAUAUGAACAGUAAUAAAUUACUGUCUUAAAAAACAUAUCCAGGGAACGUUGGAGGGACUCUACACAGCAAGGAGCUAUGGAUGUGUGCAGUUGGUCAUGCCAUGGGGUCACAGCUAAUGUAACUCACCUCUAUUGUAGGAACACAGCCUGAAAGCUUGGUACUCCUAGAAUCCGGCCCUGACACUUUCUCCCAGUUUUUGCUGAGCCGUGGGCAAAUGAGCCCACCACUGCAUCGUUCUCCCACACAGCAACCUUUCCCUUGACCUUCUUGGCCAACCUUUCCCUUACCGAUUGAUCUCCAGGCAGGUGCUUGCUGCAUGGUCAUUGCUGAGUGCUGUGACUGCAGCAGGCGGUGCAGCUUGAAACUCAGAAAGAAAAGCUGGUGGUGAGGAGCAAGCACUGGGAGCUCUGGAGAAACACUGAUGAGAUGAGGCCUAGGCUGCUUGGCCUGAGCAAAGGAUCCAAAGCUGGGCAGAGGGACUGGAAGGCAGUACUUGUACCCAGUGUGCUCAUCACACGCUGCUGUCACAGUCAUCAUGCUCAGUCUGAACAUUAACCUUGCUAGAGGUGACAGCGCAUCUUGUAUCAGGAAAAUUAUCUGAAGGAACCCAGAUCUUAAGCAUGCAGGGGGCAGGGUAAAACUGCUUCUCAGCGGACUUCAAACAGAGCAGGAGGCGAGAUUGUAUGAUUUGACAUGAAGAAGACAACUAUGCAGAACUAUAAAAAGGGUGAAAUAGGCCCCACUGUUUAAUAGAAUUCAGUCUUAAUGGAUGUUAGUGGAAAACAAAACAUUAUCAACACAAACAGCAGAAGGUUUAAAAUCUUGUCAGUCUAAUGAUUACAUGGGCAAUUUGUUUUGCUUCUGUCUUGCUGCACGGAGCAGGUGCAGGCAGGGUCAGUCCCAGCCAUAGUGUGCAUAACUUACACACCAUACAGUAGCUUCAAAAUAGUAAUCUAGAGCUUAAAAAAUAGGUAUUCUGAAAAAAUCAAGUGUUUAAUUCCCUUAUUGACAGUGAGAGCGGCAUGAUGCUGCCCUCAGGUGGCUCAGACAGCGACAGCUCCACACCAGUGUCCUCUUACACCUGACCCAAGGGUACAAGACUUGCGGUUCUGGCUAGUAAAUAUAUAUAAUAAAUCACAUUUAAAAUAUAUACAUUGGCCUUUAAAAAAAAAUUACAGUUUAUCAAUGUCAGGAAAAACAAACAAACAAAAAAAACCCAAAAAAACUGGAUUUGUCCCAGGUUGACUCAUGAGAAUAAAAACAGUUGUGAAAAGGUUUGUGCAAACCUUUUGAUAAAGUGCCACAGGCUGGAGCUGUUUUAAAAUCAUCAUGUCCACGAUGCAGCACUUGCCUGUCAGACAUGGUCAUUUAAACACGCGCUAUAUGAUGUUUGGAACAGAGCAACCAACUAGCCAGGAGUAAGGUGCCUUAACCACCUCAAAUUGACCUCAGGUCCCAGCCAAUCCUUUCUUGGGGAAUUUUCCAUCUUUGCUUCCAGCCCAGGAGCAAGGCUAGCACAUCCUACCAGGCUGUGGUGCCAUGGCCAUGUGGGAGAAGGCCCACAUGAGCCAACUGGGCAGGCUCUGCUCUUCCAUGCAAGGUAAGGGGCUGUGAACAAGCUCCUUCAGUCUCACAUUCCCCAAAGGACUGGGAAAACCUUCUUGGCCACCUUCUCCCUUUCCAGUUUGGUUUUGUGUGGGACAUUUUCUAACAGAGGUUGGAAAUGGAAUUUAUUUUUCCCUUUUUUCAGAAUUUUUCUAACAAAUGGCACUUCAGUACAAUCUUAGGUUCCCUUCUGGUGCUGCGGUGCUUUCAUUUGCUUGGCAUGCUGAGUACAAGCCAAGUUCAGGGCUCUUGGUCAUAUUUAGACAUGCACUACUAACAGAUCCUGGAAGAGAAAUCUGUCUUCAAGCUAUGCAGACGUUCCUAUUGCUGGAUGCAAUGAGCUACCACUGCUGUUCCCCUGCUACAGCCACCGGGCUGUAACUGCAUCCAGUGUGUGUGCACAGCAGCUGUUACUGAGCCGAGUUCACCGCAUGCAUGUGAGAUCACCCCUCUUACUGGGUUUUAGCACUGCAUCGAAGCCUGGUCCCAAAUGCUGCUGCUGUGUAACAGCAUUCACAGCCUGUGCCAGCUUCUCCUUGCAGGGAGAGUGCAAAUGGGAAGAGGGAGUAGGAAGAGGGCCCACACCUAAAAAGAAAUGAGGGUUAAAGAAAAAACCAAAAAGCUACCACUAACCAUUCUGCUACUUUAUCCCUGUAAGCUCGAGGGCUGCAUUUUGGGUAGGCACAGUGUAGCAAAGGCCAGCCUCCACAGAAUACAUUGCUCUAGACUGCCUUAAAUGCGUCCAUGUGUGGCAUUCAGUGCCACCAUCCCCAUGACUGUGGGCAUACACAGUGCAAGCCCCAUCCUGGGAGGUGUGGGUCCCACUGGGGCUUUCAAUCCACUCACAUUACAUGCUGCCUGACACUAAUGCAUUUGGAAAAGCAACAAAUAAAGCAGGAAGGUUCCUUCUCACUGUACGAGCUGCCAAAUGAGGACAAGCCCUGUCUUCUUUCAGCUGCUGUCAGGCAAGGCUCUGCGUGGUAGCCAGCUCCAUGGCAGUUGCCCAGGAAGGUCUUUCUUUUGACACACUGUUGGCAGGGGAUAAAUAAUAAGAAGCAGGAUUCAGUGCAGUGAGGAAAGAGAAAGGUCCUUUGUGGAGGUUCCUCAGCUCUGUGCAAGGGAGCGAGGACUCCUCCAUGGCCUCCAGGAGCGCAGCCCUCCUGGGCUCUCCUCUUUCUGUCAGUCCAAAGGAAAAUGCCUGACUCCCUCAUAAAGCAGCCCACAGUUGUACAGCAGUGGUGACAUGAGGCCAGGCAGCUCUCAGUGACAUGAGGGGUGAGGAGGGCAAUCCACAUCCCCAGCAGUGUUGCAAAGUGCAGGGAGGGGGCAGCUGGAGGAACCUAAAGGCACCGCUUGGCGCUGAUCCGUUCUUCCCCCAUCAGGCUCACAGAGCAGACAGAGGUGGGAAAGGGAAACAGGGAACAAGCCUCAGUCCAGCAUUGCAUCCAACUGGUCGGCCAGAUCAUCAAACAUAUUGCUGAUGUCCUCCAGGAUGUUCUUGGCUGAGUGCGUGGCCCUGAGGGGGCUGUGAAGGGAAGGGAGAGGUGGUUAGAACACAGCCUGAAGGCUCAAAGUGCAAAUGGGGCAGAGGCAGCAAGGAUGAACUGGAUCCUCCCAGGCACAGCCAGACCUCAGCAUGCUCGACUGAGUGUGUCACAGGCAUGUGUUAUCUGUGUGCUGCAGCCUGCACACAGUCCUGGGGCUGCCUGGGCACCAGCUGCUGCCUUUAGGGCUGGAGGCCCCCAGCCCUAUGCCUGGCUCCCCAGUACCAUUCCCAGGGGUCUCACCCCAGCAUCUUCUCCCCCAAAGCCACCUCACCUCUGCACCUCCUCCACUGUGAUCUUCUUCUCAGCUGCCUGCAAUGUGGUGAUGCUGGUGUGCUCCAGCCGCUGCUGGACCAGGGCAGCCCCUGGGGCAGAGGCCAAGGGCUUUACAAACACCUUGCUGCUUGCCUCCAGUGUCAGUGGGCUGGGGCCAGCCAGGGACCCGAUCACAUCUGGCACUGACUCAGUAGCUGCCCAGGGAGCGACAGUAUGGCGGGAGGGCUGCAGGACCUGCUGGUAGAUGGUCUUGGGCCCAGAGAACACCAGCUUUGUGGACGCCACUGAAGUGUGCUUGGCAGGGAUGUCUGCAAGAGAAAAAGCCUCAUGGCAUGAGGUGGCACAGGUCCCCCUCACUGGGCUGGUUGGGAAUGCCACAUCAAGCCAGCCGCGGUAGAAGAGAGCCUCAGACCCUGCCACAACCCUAGAGGCCUCCCCACAGAUCCCCAUACCUGGAGCAGGCAUCCUCACCACAGUAGUGCUGAGCAGUUCUGUGGGGCUGGGAGCUUUGAUGGGGCUUGGUGCCUUCUUAAUCCCUUUCUCCAGUGACAAGAUGCUCUUCUCUAUCUCAGCAAUCCUGAACUCCACACUGUCAUCGUCAAAAGCAUCUCCAGCCAGUCCAGCCUGUGGUGCUGGCCCCUGUGUGGUGGGGCCCACGAUGCUUACAGCCUGGGCCUGGGCAUACUGGGGUGCAGAGCUGGCCCCCACCUCAGCCUGCCCUGCCAUGCUGAAUGCCUUCAGCACUGCCUGCAGAGGCUCCCGCUCCUUGAAGCGGGGUCGGCGCUUCACCGUGUCUGACUCAGUGAGGUUGAACUCCAGCAUGGGCAGCUCCCUGGUGGCAGUGGACACAGCCGUCUCCUUCCCAUCAGAGCACAGGGCCUCCGCAGGCUGGGAAUUGGGCUCUGUGCCUUGCACUGCAGUGUCAGCCUUAGGUUGCCCAGCAGGCUUUGGUCGCUGCUUGAUAGUUAAGUUGCCUUCUUCUGCAAAGGGGAUGCACUCACUGGAACUGUUCUGGGAGGAUGAAGAGACCUCUGGCUUGGCCUCUUCUUCUGCAUCUGAGCAGGCAUCCUCCUGCCUACCCUGCACAGCCUCUGACAUGGGAGUACUGGGCUCACUCAGUGUCCGUCUCCUCGGCUUGCUGCUAUCAAAUGAGUCCCAGCCAGAAUCAGAGAGCACAGUGCCACUGGGAUCACAACUGUUGUGGGACUUAUCAUCCACAGCAGCCUUGGAGAGAGAGUCCUGAGCCACAUGCAGUGGUUUCGGGGCUAGGAGAGGUUUGGGUGGAUUCAGCCCUGGUGUUUCCUCCAGUGCGGCCACCAGGCUCCUCACUGUCCUGCUGCAGCCGCUGUCACUGGGGCUGGCACCUGUGUCAGCCACAUCCCGGGGUACAGAAGGCUGUCGCUCAGGGUUAGGAGGCUGUUCAUUGUCCACUUCGGUGGUGGGAGUGCUAGAGACAGAACUGAGACGCUUAGGAGGCGGCGGCGGGGGGCCCUUGCGCUUGGCCCGGAUGGCAAAGGACUGGCUGCGGGUCACCUUGGCCUCUGUCUGCAGGCAGGCCCGUGGCAUCUGGCUGCGUCCUGGCCGCCGCGUCAGGGUGGCAUAGGAGCCCAGCGUGCUGGUGGGUAUCCCCUCCUCCUCCUCAGGCUCUCCAUCCGACAGUGCAUAGCGGUUCAGGCUAUGUGAGCGCUUCUUGUUCUUGGAGCCUUCACCCCCCUUGUGCUGCUCCCCUGUCUGCCAGGCAUUCGGGGUUGUGGCAGCUUUGAGCAGCUCAGCAGGGCUACAUUGACUGUGCAGGUACGAGAAAGCUUUUGGGGCUGAUGUCUGCAGACUGCUUUUCUGCCCAGAGGAGGGGUAGGAGUGUGCAGAGGUCUUAGGCUGCUCUGCUCCCUGACUGGAAGGGGUUCUUGGGGAUUUCAAGGAGACAUGUGGGUACAUGAAGACAUAUGGAGCUGUUGCCUUGCUGGGAGUCUGGGGAGGAGUGCUGGGAGUGACCAUCAGUGUCCCCACAUGGCCAGCACCUUUCUGAGCUGUCAGCCGGGCAUACUGAUCUGUGCCUUCAGGCAGGUUCCUCUCCUUAAGAGGGCUGCCCCCACUGCAAUUAGCGAAGCCAUUCAGCCCCUCAGGGGAGGUGAGCUUCCCAUAGGGCUCUGGGCUAGGCUGUCUCGGCAGGCUGGCCAGGUUUUCCUUGCUGUGAGGUGGCAUGCAGGAUUGCCCGCUGCUGCUGCUGCUGCUCUCCCCGCUGCCCAGGCUCUCCUGAGAGGGACUGGAGAGGUGCCGGCACGGUACGUUGUCCUGUGAGUGCCCCGAGCCCCGGGACCGCACCCCAAUGCUCUCCUGGCUCCGUGACAUUCCUUGGCUGUUUUUGAUGCUGAGCGUCUCGUGGCAGCUGUUGGACAUGGCUGUCUGGAGCUCGUAGCUGAGCUCGCUGUCCUGGAACGUUGUCAUUUUGGGUGUGUUUGGGGACUGGCACUCCCCAUUCUCCAGUGACUCAAUAGUGACAAUGUCCAGGGCACCAGGGACUUUAUGUCUUGUCAGUGUCGCUUCUGUUUGGCUGAGGCUUUUGCGGAGGUCUCUGAGCUUCUUUACAGCCAACAUGAUCUUCUUCUGGUGGCCUGGGAGAGAGUUUCAAGAGGAAAGGGAUGUUAGGUUGGCUCCUUCCCUCGAAGGCCUUUGUUUUUUGGCUGAGAACAGCCAAGGUCAUACCACCAACUGGGGCAAAGGCCUUCAGGUUAUCCAGAGCCUGCCUAUGAGAGGAGAUAAACCAAUGCCAACCUCCAACAAGCACAGCCUUACUCCAGUCUGCCCAAGGUAGUCCCUGGGGAUGACCAGGAACUCCCCUUUGCAGGUGUACAGGACAUGCCUGCACUGCCCACCCCAUGCGAGGUCAGGACACGAGGACCUGGCCAGGAGACUCAGCUGCCCUGGGCUACCCCUAUGAUGCAGCAAGGACUCACCCAGCUUGUUGAUGCCAAUCUCUUGCAAAUCCUCCCAUGUCAGGUCUGUGACAAUGGUGAUGGAGUCAUAGCCGUUGUUUACCAAUUUUUUGUGGUAUUGCGGCAAACCAAUGGCACUGAGCCAAUCCAUCAGAUCAGCCUGUGAAGAGCACAGAGAUGCUGCCAUGAGCAUCAAGGGAUGGGCAGUGCUUUCACCCACCUUCUCCCUGUUCCUGACUGGGAGGCUGCUUUCUCGGGAUCUCUCUCUGGCUGAAUUAAUGCAGGCAGUUUCAGUGUUCAUUUUCUUAUAGCUCCCCCAUCCUGUCCUGGGGAAAGGCAGCUCUGAGAAAAGAGGACCAAAGCCCUGACGCCAGGGACUCACCGGAAUAUAGUUGGGCAGCCACUCGGUGAUACUGAGCUGCCCAAUCUCACUGGAAAUUUUCUUCCUGUGGCCUGGUUUGGUCACACCGAUGGCCGUCAGGUCCUAACACAAGCAGAGCGGGGCAACAGUUAGCAGCAGCAUGGAAAGCAUGGAGCAGCAAGCACCUACAGCCAGCAGGACAAGGGGUGCAAGCCUGCAGGGAAGGACUUGCCUUACCUCUGGUGUCAUUCGACUGAUGGUGGGGACAUCGUAGCCAGCAUUGAGGAAGUUGACAGUGUAUGACUCCAGCUGGAACUCACUCAGCCAGUUGUAAAUGGCUUCUGCAUCCUGGGGAGAGGACAAGGCAAAGAGAAGCCUGUGACGACAGCUGCAUGGGUUGGUUGGAGCAUGACAACAGGAACUCCUUGAGGAAGACCCACUCAUUCCCAGCAUUCCCAAAACUCAGCUCCAUCUCCCCAGUGCAGCAAGAGCUGGGCAGAGAGCCCCAGACAUGGUCCUCCCACCCUGCAUACCAGAUGUUGCCUGGCCUAAUUACCUUCCCCUCAAGGAGCUGCUCAGGUCGCAGAAACUGGUGUGAAAAGACUUUGUCUCCAGGGGUGCAGCUGCUAGGGGUCUGGUGGCCUGGGGGCCCUGGCAGAGAGAACAGGGGAGAGGAGAGAGUCACACAGGGACCUGGGCAGCACACAGCCCCAAGGACAGGGCACAGCUGUCCCUAAGGCCCCAUGGUUUUGAGACAUCCCUCACCUGUCAUGGAAGUAAUCUGCUCAUUGCGUGGCUCUGAUCCCAAAAUCUGUUGCUGGAGGUCAUCACCAGUGGAGGGCAGCGGCUGAGGGAGAGGAAGAACGAGUGGAGGAAAAACAUCCCUCCAGAAGGGCCUUAUUUCUGUGAGCUCUAGUCCCACUGUUUUUUUUCCCACAGCAGCAAAUACAUUUUGAUAAAGGA